CUGCUGUCCCCGCCAUCAUGAUCGAGAUCUACGCGGCCGCCUGGCUCCGCGACGUCCAGAUCGGCUCCGUCCGCGUUCUCAUCAGCAACGUCCAGAUCGACGUCCAGAUCGUCUCUACACCAAGCUCUCUGCCUCCGGCGUCGGCUUCAACGACCUCCUCGACGCCAAGGCCACCGCCGGGGGUGCGAAGAAUCUCGAUGAGAAGACCGCCAAUGCUAGUGGUACCAAUUCCUAUUGGUACGAUACCACUACUCACUGGUACGUACCAGUGGCUCCCCUACCACUACUCACUGGUACCACUAUCAUCUGGUUGCCGGAGGGAGUCUGCCGGAGAGAAUUCGCCGGAGAAAAAUUUUGUCAGUCGAUGCGGAGUGGCUGCUGGAGAAAGGAAAAGAGAGAGAGAGAGAGAUAGAUAGAGAUAUUAAUGUAUAAGAUUUAAAUUUCAGAAAAAAAUUGUAUUUAAUAUGGGUAUUAAAUUCCCAAUAUAAUUAAUACAAAAAAGGUAAUUAAUAUAUUCAUUUUUUUCAUACCCAAAAUAUCCUUGGUUGUGAAUCUGACAACCCCCAAGGGGGUUGUCACCGUAUCCUGUCCCCCCCGGUCCAAUUAAUUUACCCAAAAAGAGUCCAGAAGCUACGUUCCAAAGAUCCUCUCCAGAUCCCCUUCUUCUUGAAUUCCCUUUCCUUUCGGAUUUCUUUUAACUCCGUGGAAAAUUACCUGAGCUAAUCAACCGCAACACUAAAAUUGUUUGAAACCGAACAGAAAAAUAAAGUUACCGAUCUGACUGAGUCGUGGACUAAGUCGCUCUCUUUAAAACGUUCGCGGCACUGCCUUCAUUGCGAACGGCAGACUAUCAGCCGGUCGCCUCCAGGAUAAAACAGUCACUCUAAU